GCUCUAUACAGCUCAAUGUGUCUGUAGAAAUACAUUGGGACUGUAUCAGACUCUAUGUGUAUAUUUUGUGUCUUUUCCCUUUUAAAUUAAUCAAUUCUUAGUAUAUAAAAGUAGAUUUUAAGGAAACUGUUGAGAUGUUUUUCUCCGCGCUGCUGAUUCUUGCCAGUUGCGGUUUGUUCGGUUCUGUUUCGGGUUCUCCCGCUGUGGAGGAAGCGUACGGGGCUGUGGUCAGCGUCGUGUCUCCGGGACAGCAGCAUCUGACCGAGGAGUCACUUCGCUCCCUCUUUAAUACACUGGAGAAACGUGUGCAGUGCGGUGAAGUGUCGUGUGAAAAGUGUGAUCUGACAGAUGCCGUUCACCAGCUGAUCAGCUAUCACUCCACCCAUGGAGGGGAUGAAACUGGAAAGGGUGGGAAAGAUGUCACCAUCAGCGUGUCUCAGUUCCCCGCUCUCGCUGCCGGAUGUGUCCUGUACGUUGUCUCUCCCAGCCUGGCUUGCACCGCCACACGCCAGGGGAGAUGGGGAGAGGAGACCGAACAUUUCCUGCACAAAAUCACACAUGAACACGAGCACACAGACGCUGAUGGAUUAAAAGUGCUGCUUCAAGAGCUUCACGACCACUAUGAGCCCUCAGACAGUGAGAACUGUGUCACAGCCAGUGACAUCAUGACAGAGGUCAACACAUCAACGCCACACCAGCGGCAGGAAGCAGGUGCAGUUUUGGCCCGCGUCCUGUAUCACGCCUUGCAAGGUCACUGCUUCAUUAGCCGGUCUCUGCCUGAGGAGAGCUUUUUCCUGGACUACAUCGUGGACCGUGUGGGGUCAGAGAAUUUCACCGUCGGGGAUUUGGAGGCUUUCAUGAGGAGUCUAAACCUUGGACCUGUCCCGGAGGCCCACGAACAUGACCAUCACGAAGAGGAACACGCUGAUCAUGAUCAUAGUGGUUUAAAACGGAGGAAAAGGAGCAGCCCUGAACUUCACGAGGGGCAUGAUAGAAACACCACCUGGGAUGGGCUCUGUUUCUCGGCUGAAGAGCUGGUCCUGAUCUAUGGUCUGGCAGACAACAGCUCUAACUCCUCCGCCCUGGGUCGGUCUGACUUGGCUCUGCUCAGCCCUGCACUUGUCCAGCAGAUCCUGAGUGGAGCCUGUACAGACGUCACCACUGAACCACUGAAACCAGAUAGGCUCACUGUGACAGAGAGAUACCUCUAUGCAACCAUUGCCAACGUGGUGAUAACUCUGAUUUCCAUGUUUGGCAUUGUGUUGCUCCUGUGUACUUCCUGUACCAGUAUGUUCCAGAUGUGUAUCCAGCUCUGCAUAGGCCUCGCUGUAGGUUCACUCACUGGAGAUGCCUUGUUGCACCUGGUACCCACGUUUCUAGGUUUACAUGACGACACGGGCGGCCAUAAGCAUUCCCAUGACAGUCACAAUGUGGAAAUCCCAGACUACAUUUACAAGAUGCUGGUGGUGAUUGCCGGGAUCUACUACUUUUACCUGAUGGAAACGAUCUUCUCUCUGAUCACAUUUAAAGACAAUCAUCACCACCAUCAACAUCAUCAUGGGGAAGAAUCAGAGCCUCACCACUGUGACCACGGGAGGGUUUUAGAGAUGUAUCAACAGGAAAGGAAACAAAAAGACAAAUCACAGUCAGCAUCAAAAGCAGACCUGGUUGGUCAUGACAGUGAGAAUUCACUUUCAGUGCCGAAGGAGCGCAGCAGAGAACAGCGUCUGGUGCCUUAUAUGAUAACUAUCGGUGACGGCAUCCACAAUUUUGCAGACGGCUUAGCGAUGGGCGCAGCUUUCUCCCUGUCAUGGAAGUCUGGUCUGGCCACAUCACUAGCUGUACUCUGCCAUGAACUACCACAUGAACUGGGUGAUUUUGCCAUUUUGCUCCACUGUGGUAUAUCUGUCCGCAAGGCGUUGCUUUUAAACGUCAGCAGCGCCUUGACCUCGUUCAUCGGCCUGUACAUCGCUCUGUCUGUAGCCACUGAUGUCGCAACCCAACAGUGGAUAGCUGCCAUUACUGCAGGACUCUUCCUGUAUGUGGGACUGGCUGAUAUGCUGCCCACCAUGGUCCACAUCAGCAACAAGAGACCCUGGUUGAUUUUUCUGGUGCAGAAUGUCGGCCUUCUGACCGGGUGGGGUAUUCUGUUGGUGCUGUCGCUUUUUGAAGAGAGAAUCAGCUUUUAAAAUAUGGACAGUCACAAGAUACAGUACCCUGGACUCAUUUUGCUUUUGGUAUAAUCUAUGACUGGGUGUUUUUUAGGGUGUGACUCGUAACUUGGGGGUGGUGAUGGGGCAUAGAUAAGAUGCUUGCCUUUGGUGUGGGAGACCUGGGUUCGAUUCCCACUGUGAGACGUUCACCAUUGUGUCCCUGAGCAAGACAUUUAACCCCUAGUUGCUCCAGAGACGUGCGACCUCUGACAUGUAUAGCAAUUGUAAGCGUGAGCUAAAUGAAUGUAAAUGUAAAUGAAUAGAUGUAAAAUGUCCACGAUUACAACCGACAGAGUGAGAUGGCCCUUGUUCCGACUAAAAAAAGGGAAAAUAAAAUUGUCAGAUGGGGAACUGAUCCAGCCAUGCAAGAUACUGAAAGUGAUUAAUUAAGUGAUUUCUGCGCAGAUGUUAUUUGACCAUGUUCUGAAAGGUGUUCACUAAUAUUCGUGCAGUAAAAUGCACCGUGGCCUCACUGUCAACUUUCCCGUAUAUUAUUACAUAACACAAUCCACCACACCAACACCACAAACUACAACCAGGAAAAUAAUACUUCUCUGGCAGUCUCAACAAAAACAGAAAAUAAUUAGUUUUAUAAAAGCUAGGAGUAUUACUUCAUAUGUAAUACAUGUUACUUAAUAGUAACAUGAGAAUCAAUGUUGAACUGUUCAAGUCCACUGCUGUUUUUCUGGCAGUAAAAGUGUCACUUCAGAUGUUUUUCUUUCCAGCACUGGAAAGAGUGUUUUGAAUAUGACACUAAAUUCAGAACUCACACAAGUCAUUUCUCCCUGAACUUCCUGGUGAUUUACAUGUAUUACAUGUAACAUGGCUUUGUGCUUUUUUUUUUAAUUCUUUUUAUUAAAAGUUUCUGUUGAUGAGCAAAACAUUCACUAAUAUCUACAUCUGAUAAAGAAAAAGCCACACUGUAUAUAGUAUUUGGUCCCACCACACACAUUAUAUGUAUAAAAAUGUGCUAAUUUGUGUUGGUACAUACAGUAUGGUGUACGGAAAAUUUUGUAUUGUACCUUGUUUGGAAAAUUAACACUCUUUCAAAAUCCA